AUGAGCACGCAGGCUGGCGCAACAGCGGCCGCGCUCUCAAAGUACAAACUCGUUUUCCUCGGCGAUCAGGCCGUUGGGAAAACAUCGAUUAUCACCCGCUUCAUGUACGAUAAGUUUGAUAACAACUACCAAGCAACUAUUGGGAUCGACUUUUUGUCGAAAACGAUGUACCUGGAGGAUCGCACCGUCCGACUGCAGCUGUGGGACACCGCAGGACAGGAACGUUUCCGCUCGCUGAUCCCGUCUUACAUUCGAGAUAGCUCCGUAGCAGUGGUCGUCUAUGAUGUAACAAGUCGCCGUAGUUUCCUGAAUACUGCAAAGUGGAUAGAAGAAGUUCGUAAUGAGAGAGGCAACGAAGUAAUUAUCGUUCUGGUUGGGAAUAAGAGCGACCAAAACGAUAAGCGUCAGGUAAGCGUCGAAGAGGGCGAAGCGAAAGCCAAAGAACUGGAUGUUCUGUUCAUCGAGACUAGCGCGAAGACAGGCGCAAAUGUGAAAGCGCUCUUUCGGAAGAUUGCUGCGGCGUUGCCAGGUUCCAGCUCGACGACGAGUCGAGGAAGCCAGCUCAUCGACGUGAAGCUCACACCGCAGGAACCCGCCGCGAGUCCGUCGCAACAAAGCUCGUCGUGUCUGUGUUAG